GAGUGGUCAGUGCCACUGAAAGAAGUUUUAUUACUCCCAAGGGAAGGGGGCACAUCAUGCCAUGCAGGGCCACACAGGGAAGUACCAGGGUCAGUCAGGAGGCACAAGGAGCAAGGGGAGAAUAUGGCCCAGAACCUUUACUGUGGUUUCUGUGGGAAGAAAUGGGUGAGGCAGAGUAGGCAAGUCUGAACAAACCUAGGAGUGGAUAGUUUGAAUAAGGUUGGUCUCUUAGUUGUCCAGUUCUUGGCCCUGGGGUGAUUUAGGGCAGGGGAAAUAUUGGCUUGGUAUGUGGGAGUUAGAUAAAGGAAGUGGUUGGGAUGUGGGCUUUGGAUCAGUUGCUUUGUACAUGGCAGGCAGGUUCAUAGGCAAGUUGUUUGUUACUCUAGGAAUUAGUUCACCCUGGGAGGAACAGUUCCCUCGGGGCUGCAAGGCCCCAAGAUGUCAAAGCAUCAUAAAAUACACAACAUAAAAAACAUGGUUAACACACAUUCCUUUCCUAGGAACCCUCUGCUCACAGCUCUAGUCGCCCCAGAAAAUGUCCUUCUUUAUGAAAUAAGUUCUGUAGUGCCUCUCUCAACACUCUGCCACCACCCAUGCCCCUGAGCCCCCAAGUCUGGUACCUGUAACAUGACCCCUUCCCUGUCCCUGUGGCACUGACACAGGCACCCAAUCUACAGAGUGGCUGGCCACCUAUGACCAAUGUGCCUGCCUCAAAGAGAUGAACUGGGCCGAUCAGAUUUCCUCUCUUAAGGAUUUAAAAUAAAAGCCACAAAAGGAGAUGGCCACUUGAUGUUAAGGUGAACCGGGGGGGCCCUGAAGUAGACUCAGGGCCUUUGCAAGCCACGUGUGCUGUGCUCCACCCUUCCUGCCACUCUACACCUCCUCCAAAAUACUACAAAUAGUCCAUAAUAACUAUCUGGAGCUAGUGCUAGAGUUUUGUUUUGUUUUGAAUGUUUCUUUCAAGUACCAAGAUUAACAGAUAUUCACAGAGAUUGACAAACUGUAGUAAACAGGUCAGAACGGAUCAAGCCUGGGAGAGAGGGUGCAAUGAUAUCCUUUUUUAAGCCCCCAAACGUGUUGCAAAGUGUUUUAAAUUUCAUAUAAACGUUUAAAGGACCACAUAAAGACAAUCCAGUGCAAAUGCAUCUUGCAGUUUCAAAGGCAUUUCCAGCUGCUUUUUAAAGUUCUCACACUGGGCUACAGAGCUGCAAAAAAUCUCCAGGCGGAUCCACCUACUGCUCCCCCUCCCUUGGGUAGCGCUGAACCAAAUCCGCAGACUUUGUCGAUUGCUUCUGCCUGGGCAGAUCCGCCUGGAUCAACUGCUCUUGUCUGGCCCGUCCCCGGGCGCGGUAAAAGCGUUUGAAUCCAGCCUGGUGGCCGCAGCGACAUCCUCAACCCUCACAGUCCUGACCGGCCUCAGCCGCCUCCUCUUUCUUUUACAUCCCUGACUCUCCCGAAUCACCAAGAGUGGAAACGGAGAAGCUCAAGCCGCCGCCAUGUCCGAGGCUUAUUUCCGGGUGGAGUCGGGUGCGCUGGGGCCUGAGGAGAACUUUCUUUCCUUGGACGACAUCCUGAUGUCCCACGAGAAGCUCCCGGUGCGCACAGAGAUCCUUAUGCCGCGCCUCGGCACUUUCUUCCUAGACCGGAGCGGAGGGUCCGAGGCUGACAACGCAAUCCCUCAGGGCUCAAAGCUUGAACUCCCCUUGUGGCUGGCAAAAGGACUUUUUGACAACAAGCGCCGGAUCCUUUCUGUGGAACUUCCCAAAAUCUACCAGGAGGGUUGGAGGACCGUGUUCAGUGCAGAUGCCAACGUGGUGGACCUCCACAAAAUGGGACCACAUUUCUACGGGUUCGGCUCCCAACUCCUGCAUUUUGACAGUCCAGAGAACACAGACAUCUCCCAGUCUCUCCUGCAGACGUUUGUUGGACGUUUCCGCCGCAUCAUGGACUCCUCCCAGAAUGCUUACAACGAAGACACUUCGGCGCUGGUAGCCAGGCUAGAUGAGAUGGAGAGAGGCUUGUUUCAAACAGGGCAGAAAGGACUGAAUGACUUUCAGUAUUGGGAGAAGGGGCAGGCCUCUCAGAUCACAGCUUCCAACCUGGUUCAGAACUACACGAAGAGAAAAUUCACUGACAUGGAAGACUGAAGGCCAGAAGAACACAGAAUUGCUCCCUGUAGACUUAUCCCUCUGUGUGUCCUUGAUAGGAGCCUAGUUGACCUUGUAUAGGGCCAGAAUCAUGUCCCAUCUUGUGACUUAUUCCCAGCAGCACUGUCGGGAGUGCUACCAUCUGGUGGGGAAACAACAUGCUGGAGGAUGUCCCUGGCCCUAUAAGUCUUCCAGGACUAUCCCACCUGCUGACCCACAGACCAGACCUACUUAGCCCAGGAACCCACAGCCAAGGAGAAACCAAAGUCCUUCAUAAAUAAGGAUCAUGAAUGCAUAUAUCGCAAUAGAGUUGGAACUGGGAUUCCUCGUGCCUGGGAGUUUGGACAGCCUUAGAUAUCCAGUUUCACUAGCUCCAAAGGACAGGUACAAAUGGGCCUUCCUAACCUGUUCACAAAAUGUCCUCUUGAGCUUAAUUGCCUCAUCUUCCUCAUGGUUGCACAAAGGACAGUACCCCCAGGAUGCUGGCUCUACUUGUAACUAUCUCCUGCCACCUGCCUAUGGGGAGUUACCCAGUUUCAAAAAACAGUUGCCAAGAAUAAGGAAGGAGGGCUUCCCUGGUGGCGCAGUGGCUGAGAGUCCGCCUGCCGAUGCAGGGGACGUGAGUUAUGCCCUGAUCUGGGAAGAUCCCACAUGCCGCGGAGCGGCUAGGCCUGUGAGCCAUGGCCACUGAGCCUGCGCGUCCGGAGCCUGUGCUCUGCAGCGGGAGAGGCCACAACAGUGAGAGGCCCGCAUACCGCAAAAAAAAAAAAAAAAAAAAAGAAUAAGGAAGGAAAAUGGAAAGCCCCGUGAGUGGCAAGGCUUUUACUAAAGAGAAGACAUUGCUUUCCUCUUCUGUGAGGAGGGCUUCAUGAACUGGACUUCACGCCUAGGCGGAAAUGGUUAAACUGAGCUUGUUUUUGCCUCUAGAUCUUUAGAGCCCCCGCACAGUUAUUCCAUGCUCUCCCUAGGAAAGCUGUCAGGGAGUUGUUUGGAAUCACAAAGUAGUUGUUAAAGGGUGUUAACCAGCCCUUAUUACAUUGAAAUCAGGGCUUCAGGGUUGCUGGUUAUGAAGAGCCCUGUUUGAGAAGCUUAGCAUGGCAGAUGUGAGUGGGCAAGAGACCUCGGUCAUGGUUUUUUACUCUUCAGUAAGUUUUGCAAUAUUAUUAUAUAACAGAUUCCUGACCAGUUACUGAGACUCUGUUUAAGCAACCACAAAACUCUUUCCCUGGAGAUCAAGGAGGAAACCUCAGGCAGAGUAGGAAACAGCAUCCCUGGGACCCACUGGACUUUUUGAAGGGCAGUUACCACCACACCAUGGGUCCCCUUCCAACUUCCCACAACUAGUGAAAAUUGCCUUUGUCACUGGAAAUUACAGUGGGAUUUGGGUCUCCAGAUUGUACAGAUGUCUUGAUGCAAACUUAGAAUGUCAGAAAUAUUUUUUAAAUGCCUGUUUUAAGAUGGAACCGAUGUUUUUAUAAUUUGAUUUUGGUGCUAAAUGAAUGAUCCACUUUGCACAUGAA